GGGGGAAAGGUUCCUUCUGAGGGGAGGGGGGCUUAUAGAGAGAGCAGAAGAGGCCUCGGGGACCCCCCUCCCCAAGAGCGAGGACAUGGAGGGGACCCUCACCCAACGGUGGGGCGUCCAUCCCAAAGGCACCGAUUCCCUUAGGAGGAGAGUCAGCCUAAAUGGUGCGAUGCUUUCCUGUCCUUGGAAGGAUAUCAUGCCGGCUGAUUAUCCCUGAGAGCAUGCAGUGGCCCAAGCAGCACCAGUGGGGCAGGCGUGUGACGGCGUGGGGGAUGCUCUAACGGCUGGGCGCGCUACAAUAUGGGCCAGUGCGUCACCAAGUGCAAGAAUCCUUCUUCCACUCUGGGUAGCAAAAAUGGCGACCGGGAGGCCCACGGCAAAGCUCACGGGAAGCGGAACCCCAAUCACAAGGAGGAGCUCAACCUGGUUGGCAGGAAACCCUCUGGAGAUAUUCUGGUCAACGGGACGAAGAAGGUGGAAGCGGCUAUAGAAGCCAACCAGCCUCCCACUUCCUCUGGAGAUGCCCGGAAAGAGGUGCCCGUCUCGGGCUCCGAGGAAUCGUUCCUCCACAGAACUGAGGAGUUGUUCAGGAGGUACAAGGACGAACGAGAAGACGCCAUCUUGGAGGAAGGCAUGGAGCGUUUCUGCAACGACCUCUGUGUUGACCCCACGGAAUUCAAAGUGCUCGUGCUGGCUUGGAAAUUCCAAGCGGCUACGAUGUGCAAAUUCACCAGGAUGGAGUUUUUUGACGGCUGCAGAGCAAUAAACGCGGACAGCAUCGAGGGGAUUUGCGCCCGGUUCCCCAGCCUCUUGAACGAAGCGAAGCAAGAAGACAAAUUCAAGGACCUCUACCGCUUCACUUUCCAAUUCGGCUUGGAUUCGGACGAAGGCCAGAGGUCGCUCCACCGGGAGAUAGCCAUCGCUCUCUGGAAGCUGGUUUUCACGCAGAACCAGCCUCCCAUUUUGGACCAGUGGUUGCACUUCUUGACCGAGAACCCUUCGGGCAUCAAGGGCAUCUCCCGAGAUACCUGGAACAUGUUCCUUAAUUUUACUCAGGUCAUCGGUCCGGACCUCAGCAAUUACAGCGAAGACGAGGCCUGGCCCAGCCUCUUUGACACUUUCGUGGAGUGGGAAACGGAGCGACGGAGGAAGGGGGAGGAAGAGGGGGGUCCCACCCACUUGCAGGAUGUACAGACAACAUCCCGGUGUACAGACCCUCACGCGGCCUGAGAGUUUCCACAGGGGCGAUUCCCCACCCCACCCCCCCGCCGCCCCUUUCAUGGCCCGUCAGCUCAAAACCCCUCUGGAAUUUACAGACUUCUCCAGAUUUUUCUACUUUACACCUUUCUCUGCCUUGUAUUUUGAAAGGGCUUUAAAAUGCUGUAUCCAUAUUUUAGGCACUUUCUUAAAAAAAAAAAAAAGAGAGAAUUGGAUUAUUCCCGUUUCUCCUCUCCUCGAAAUGUUUCAUUCUCCCCUUCCCGUCCCUCUGGUUGCGAGUUAAAUGAUUUCUUGUUUUUAAAUUUCAAAAUGGUUUUCAGGCUGGUAUUCUUCUUUGCCCCAGGUUACACAACU